GACAUGUCAUCUGUCAAUUCGACAAUCGAGCGUUGGUAAAAAAAUAUAUCGAAAAGAUCUCAUUAAUACAAAAAUAUCAUUUUAAAAAGAAAAAGUUCUAGAAAUAAGUGCAACUGUAGUCUCUGUUAAUUUGUUAUUAUUAGUAAAGACAUUAAAUUUUGAAUAUAAAAACUAUAAUGAGGCUGUGAAUCUGUGAAUCUGUGAGUGUAAAUAAAUACAAAUUAUGAGAAAAAUGGGUAAACACAAGAUGAUCGCGAAAAGCUGCCCCAAAUGCGAGAUGCAGGUGGCAGUAGCAUCAAAGUCAUGUAAAUGUGGGCACACAUUCUUCGCGGCCCGUCGUGGGGCGGAUUGUCUACCAGCCGUCGAGGACAUCAGACGCAGGACCGGCAGGGUGCGGCGAUCACAGCCACAGUUCUACGAUGCUCAGCAUUAUCAGAAACAGAUUAAGAGAAGAUCUCCUAAAAAGAGGUCUCUAUCACGCUCAAUGGACGAGGACACAAAACCAAAGGACAAGAAUGAAAGUGGUAAGUUCAACAAAGCCCAAACGGGCAGAGGAAGUGCGCGCACGUCCGCACCGGACGAUUGCCCCCGAGCCCGUCGCCGCCGCGCCCUCCGACGAGCACAACGCCCCCCACCCGGGAACAACAGUGGGGAGCGAACCCGAGACCCCACGCCGCAGUUAAGACCCCCUCAACUAGCUCGAUGCCGUCUCAUAUUGCAGGAAAUUAAUAGAAAAAUAUCAGCUGUGACGUGGCAGCCACCUAAUGACAUGUAAAGAGUUAAGAGCAGUUGACCCCCUGGUAUUAUUUAGAGUAGUUGACCCCAAAGUGAAAUGCUGUUGACCCCUUACUUUGAUUAUUUUUUUAAUUUAAUUUUUUACAGUCAGGCAACAAUGGCCCAUAGAUACAUACAUUAAAAACUGAAAUACAUACAUUAUAUACAAAACUUGUUAUAAUGUAUUAUUAUGACCCCCCACAGUUAGCCAGAUGUCGUAUCAUCGGAAAUACAAAAUAAUUUAUCAUAUUUUUAGUUUAAGUAAAAAUAAAAAUUUCGAAAAAGUAUUAUCUAUGUAUGUUUAAUCGGUUUUAUCUCCGAAAUUACUUCAAUGAAUUGUGUUUUCUUAUCCGAGGGGUCAAUAGUGCAUUUUGUUGAUAGUCUAUGUUAAUUAUAUUGUCAGCUGUAAAGGGGAGAUUCCACCGGUGUCCCUCGCUGUAAAAAAUAUUGGGGAUUAAUGUGUGUUCACCUUAAAAUUAAACUCAUCUGGUACGAAAAUCUAUCCGUAUUCUUUAACUGCAGAUUUCUAUAACUAUCCUUUGUGUUGCGAUUAGGGAUAGAACACAAUUUAUAUAGAGCUACUAACUAACGCCCGCGGCUCCGCCUUUAACCUAUGUGUUAACCUAGGGUACCAAAUUUCAUUCAAAUCGGUCAAGCCGCUUUUGCGUGAAAGAAUAAUAAACAUACACAAUACACAUGCAUACAUUCUCACAAACUUUCACAUGUGUAAUAUAAGUAGGAUAGUAGGAUAAUGUCAAAAUUCGAUCAGCCUGACACCAGUCUAAAAACCUUGUAUUGUGUUGCCCGGGUGACAGAGUUGAGGAGGUCAGGAAGGCAGUCGUUCCUUAUAAAAAAACUGGUAGGUACUCAGCUGCAUCCGGCUAGACUAGCAGCCAACCCCAACAUAGAUGGGAAAAGGCUCGGGAGAUGAUGAUUUCAAAAUUCGAUCCCUAACUAUCCAUAGAAAUAAGUGGAUAGAUAGGUAGGUUUGGCUAUCUUAUGCCUACCAUUUUAAUAAGUAUUAAUAACUAAUUAGUCGUACAGACAUUUGUUUGUAAAUAACAAAACAUCUGAUAGUACGAUGUCGUCAUAAUAUCGUAUCUAGGGGUCAGAAUAACAAUGUUUUGUUGUGUUAGGUAACUAUCUACCUUCUUUGUUAUAGGUCAAGGUAACUACUGCGGAUUUAGAUAAAGAAAGCGUAUGUUACACUAUCUGCGCAUUUCUGUAAGCUAUCUAUCCUUUGUUUUACGAUAAGACAUUUUUUGGUUUGUACAGUCAACUUCAGGUCAGUGGUAACAGUUUUAUAGGAAAAUCGUACUUAUUACUAUUGAGUUAAGAUGCAUGACAGUUACCACUGAUGUGCAGUCUACCGUACCCUUAACGCCCUGAAACGUUUUGAAAAAUUCUUUUGGGAAGUUAGACUAUCCCCGAGUGACAUUCAAUUUUUAUCUGGGUACGAGGUAGUUCACUCGGGACGCGAUCAAAAUUGCGGGAAGAGUCUAGUUAUUUAUAUAGCAUGAGAAUAGCUAUGAUAAAAUUCAAUCUCUAAUCGCAAAAGAAUGGAUAGAUAUUUUAUAGAAAUCCACCUUAUUUCAGUUAUUUUUUCAGUCAACAGCUGUUUUUAAUUGAACUCAUUAAAAAUUAUUACGUCUCGGUAACGCAACAUUCUGAACACUGAACAUGGAGUAAGGAAAGAUGAGCGGAGAUGCUAUAAUGCAGGUAGGUCUGGUGGCAUGACCAAAAAUCCAAUUAACGAAGCGUGAGGGUUCUUUAGGAUAUCUAUUGACGAUCAUUGGUAUUUAAAAAAAUGGUCGGGUCCAUAGAGGGCGUAUAAUAGCGAAGAUAGUAACGUUCCUCGUCCUCCGAACACCCGCAUGUUGUAGCGCUAUUUUCUUAGAAGAUUUUCCGUUAUGACACCUCCGUUAGUCAUUUUGUCCUCCAUGUUACUGACCCUAAGAUUUUUUUGACACUUGAUAAAACAUUAUCAGUGCCAAUUAAUUUUUGUUCAAACAAUAAAUUACCUUGCCGAAUCGGUUUCUUUUGUAUCUAAUUGUAUAAAUAUUAAUGUAAGUGAGUUGAAUUUUAAGAUUAAAUUGUUGUAAGAAAUA